AUGGUCAUCAAUCAUGCAGGUGGCGAGAACUAUACCGUCCCAGGACCGCGAAAAGAGGAGCCAAAUGCCUCCAAAAGCCCAUACCGACAGGAUCCGAUCGCGAUAGUUGGGCUAGCAAAUCGCUUGCCGGGCCAUAGCACAAAUCCAAGCAAGCUCUGGGAGUUCCUCGAGCGUGGAGGCGUCGCGGGAAAUGACCCUCCCGCUUCACGAUGGAGCCUCCAAGGCCAUUAUGACGGGUCGGGGAAGCCCCAUACCGUCCGAACGCCGGGCGCCAUGUUCGUCGAAGACAUUGAUCCUGCCGACUUUGACUCGGGUUUCUUCAACAUAUCGAGUGCUGAUGCCAUCUCUAUUUGA